AUGGAGAGCAACAUUGGGGCGGUUCAGGGGGAACUCCUUCCAGUUACUUGUGUCCUGCAUCAAACCGUCCAUAUGACCUGGGAAAUACCCAGUGCCAUUUCUAAGAGUCAGCGGUGGUUCGCUAUCUACCUUUUGCGCCUUAGUAACAAUGCCCAGUGUCUUCAUUGGAAUGGGAAGAAAUGGGAAGAAAUAUCACAGGAGAAUAAAGGGGGUAAACCCUCGACUUUGGAUUUACGCUAUGGAGAGCUCGGGGUUUACAGCCUCGACCUUGAAAUUGGCGGUGGAAAACCCGACUUCCACGAUCUUCUUAUUUCUUUCACGCGACAAAAUAUGCCUAUCUGGUUUACAUGUAUCUUCACUGAUAUAUGUAUUCCAAGAAGCCUCGAAGUUUUCAAGAACUUUAAGGUUAUUCUCAACCAGAUACCCCGUGCCGUUUCCUAUGUCCUGAAACGGACCAGAGCUAUGACAUUUUCAGGGAACCUAAGACAACAAGUCUCCGCAUAUGAAAAUACUCCCCUUUUGGUCUCGUCGUCUUCCCUGUCUAUAAUUUACACUCCCUCCUACCUCCGUGCGGUAGCCGACAAGUUCGCCCCUGACAAGUUCAAAACAAGCCUACGAAAAGGCGACCCAAUCUUCCUCGUCGGUCCCGCCAUGAUUCCCAAUGUGCUAAAUUACAUUAUCGAUGCUCAGGCACACACCGUCCUUGGUGUCCGUGUCAAACUCCUCAGGGUCAGGGCAGGAACACCAGAAGCAGCGACAGUCAACACUGUCACAGGCCUCGCUAUCUUCAAUCUAUCCCACAAGGAGCGAACCAGCCUCCUCACGUUCGAAACAACGCCGUUCAAACACCCUAAACCCGUCAGCAUUACCAUCCGCCUCUCCAACGGCAAAUACAAAACCGUGGACGCAGGCGCUUUCGUCGAGACAAAGAUGCCAGACACAUACACCUGCCCUUUCAAUCCCCCCUACCCCUCCGACAUCGACCCACUUUUACCCGGGAACAUGCUCACACGCCCCCACAACGUAUGGGAUGUUGCACCCUUCCUAAAAUCACCACUGUACACGCAGGCUACUAGGAUGUUCGAGAAGUGGGACGAGGAGCAUGGGGAUGAUCAUUGGGACAAGGAUUGGGCGAUGGAUGGGUCUGACCAAGUUGGAGGAGUUACAGGUGGUGAGGGGGUGGAGGUGGAGGGAGUUGAUGGAGAUGAAAUUGAGGUGCACGGGGGCCGGGAAGGGGAGGGAGGUGGAUGGGGGAUAAUGAGUGGCGGAGCAGGGCCGAGCAUGGAUAUGGGUGGAGGGGCGAGGGUCGCGAUGGAGUAA